GUGAACCGGGGGAGUCGGGGCUCGGGCAGGUGAUCGGGAGUAAGGCGACCCCGCAAAAUCGGAUUAGUUCGUGUCCCCCCGAGUAAACAACGGGAAGGCCGUCGCGCGCGGAAUUUCUCACACGGCGAUGUUGCAGGACUCAACAGCAGGACUGUUCAUCCUUCUUCUGGCGCAGUGUUGGGUCUGAGCUGGGAGCAAAGUCACGGGAUCACAGGAGCCAGGCCUGAGGGCCACUCAACCAAGAGGGUAUGCUGGCUGCCAUGCUGCGCCAAAGCAGCGGGGGUAGCGGAGGAGGAGGAGGAGGUGGUGGUGGUGGAGCUAAACUCUCUUUAGGCAUCUCCAGGUUCUCCAACUCACACUUCUGUUCAGCUGGCACCAGCACAGCGGGCCCUGCUGCCUCUGGCCCCUGGAGCGUGGGCAGGGCCACCAAGAGCAGCGCCCGGAGCUCUGUCAGCUCCGGCUCGGAGAGCCCCGAUGUCCCCAGCGCCGAUCCGGACUACAUCAUGCAACUCGUGAACGAUGUACGUCGGUUUGCCGAUGUCCUCCUACACCUCAAGGAUGUUUUCCAUUCUAAAGAGCAUCAGGACUGCCUCCAUCAAGCGGUCCAUGAGCGCCUUGGUGAGCUCCUGCGCGUCCUGAAGGCCGUUAUCAGCAAACACCAGAGCCUCAACUCGGUGGACAUACUCAGUGCUGCAGGAACCGUCAUCGCAAGGGUCAAAGGGGUGAACUUUAAGGAGGUGAAUGAAGAGAACAAACAGAAGCUUUUCAGUGAGAUCUACACAGCUAUAGACACAUUGGCGUUCACCUUUGGCAAUGUAGUGUCUGACUUCCUUAUGGGAGAUGUAGAGAAUGGAUCAGUGUUGGGGCUCCCCCUAACUAGGAAAAGCAGAUCUUUUGAGAACCUCUCUGUGGAAUCUGGAGGAUCCGGUCCAGAGAAAGAUGAUCCUCCAGGACCGUCUCCGCCGGCCCAGGCCGAAGAGGUGGACGGGGCACUGCAGAGGAUCAAUAGCGGCGUGGAGUCAGCCUUGCUGUACGCCAAGUCCUGGUCCAAGUACACCAAAGAGCUGCUGGCCUGGGUGGAGAAGCGCCUCAGUAUGGAUAUCGAGUGUGCCAAGAGCUACGCCAAAAUGGCCGAAUCCGCCAAGACACUUGCUAGUCAACAGGAGUUUAUGCCAUUCCGUGAGAUCUACAUGUCAGCUUUCAGAAAUGACAUUGAGUACAGUCAGCUCCUGCUGCAGACAGCUGCCGCCCUCCAAACCAACAAAUUCAUGCAGCCUCUCCUGGCCAGAAAGAACGAGCUGGACAAACUGCGAAAAGAAGUCAAGGACCAGUGGCAAAGAGAGCAAAAGAAAAUGCACGAGGCGGACAGUGCUCUUAGGAAGGCUCGUCUGCUGCAGGCUCAGCGGCAGGAGGAGUAUGAAAAGGCCCGGGUGUCCACCAGCCGUGCAGAGGAGGAGCAGGCGGGUGGGGGAGGGGGAGGAGGAGGCGGCGGCGGCGCUGUUGGCGCCAAACAGUUAGAGAAGAGACGCAGAUUGGAGGAGGAGGCCCUGCAAAAGGCGGAGGAGGCCAAGGAGCACUGUAAAGCCUGUCAGAUUGAUGUAGGGGAGAAGAGACUGGACCUGGCCAACACCAAGAGUGAGAUCCUCACCCAGAUCCGAGAGCUGGUCUUUCAAUGUGACCUCACCCUCAAGGCUGUAACUGUCAACUGGUUCCAGCUGCAGCAGGCACAGGUCGUCUCUCUACCUGUCAAUCACCAAACCCUGUGCGAGAACGCCAAGCUAUACGAACCAGGCCAGCGCUAUAUCGACUAUGUCAGGAAUCUGCCUGUCAGCGACAGGGCCCGCGUGGAAUCCCACUCCUUUGAUUCAGGCGUCUCGCAAAACACUGGGAUGCCUUUCUCCAAGGGCAGCCCUUUGUCCCACGGGAACCUGUCUCAUGUAUCCAUGAACUCGGAUUUUCUUAGUGCGGACGAAGUUGACAGUCCCGUCCACGGCCGGCCCACCAGAAUUUCAGAGAGACGCUCCAACAGCAGCACCGACAUCCAAACUCUUAGGAUUCAGGCUCCUUUUCGUCACUGGACCUCAGCGAGUCAGGGAGGAGGUAUGUGCAGCGAUUCGGAGAGCGCUGGAGGAAGCAGUGAAUCCCGAUCCAUGGAUUCGCCCACGGCGAGCCCAGGAGUCUUCAAGAGGAGAUUACCCAGAACCCCCUCCACCGGCACCAUGUCGUCUGCCGAUGAUCUGGACGAGCGAGAGCCCCCCUCCCCCUCUGAUAACGGUCUGAGUGAGAUGGUGACUGAGACGGCCAGCUCACCAGGUCCCUUCAGGAACACCCAGAUGUCCAAGGCGGCCCAAACCCACAAGCUCAGGAAGCUUCGUGCGCCUUCAAAGUGUCGCGAGUGUGAUGGCCUGGUGGUUUUCCAUGGCGCUGAGUGUGAGGAGUGUUCCUUGGCCUGCCAUAAGAAGUGUUUGGAGACGCUGGCCAUCCAGUGUGGCCAUAAGAAACUCCAGGGGAGGCUCCAUCUCUUUGGCAUCGACUUUACCCAGGCAGCCAGGAACAGUCCGGAUGGCAUUCCCUUCAUCAUAACGAAGUGUACAUCGGAGAUCGAAAACAGAGCACUCGGCAUCAAGGGCAUCUACCGUGUGAAUGGUGCCAAGUCUCGGGUGGAGAAGCUGUGCCAGGCAUUUGAGAAUGGCAAAGACCUGGUGGAGCUCUCUGAGCUUUACCCUCAUGACAUCAGCAAUGUCCUCAAACUCUACCUGAGACAGCUCCCAGAGCCCCUCAUCCUUUUCCGCUACUACAACGACUUCAUCGGUUUGGCCAAGGAGAGCCAGAGCAUCAUUGUGGAGGAGGUGGAGGCCUCGCGCCUCAGUCCCACCACUGGGAUGCCGCCGCAGGUCAGCGUUGAACUCAACCGUGUCCUGUUCCAGAUCAAGGACCUGCUCAGACAGCUGCCUCCAGCCAACUAUAAAACCCUGCAGUUUCUCAUAGAGCACUUGCACAGGGUAAGUCAACAGGCAGAGGAGAACAAGAUGACAGCUAGCAACCUGGGCAUCAUCUUUGGCCCCACACUGGUCAAGCCAAGGCAGACGGACGCUGAGGUGUCGCUCUCCUCCCUGGUGGACUAUCCCUACCAGGCCCUCAUCGUAGAGCUCCUCAUCAGACACUAUCAGAUGGUCUUUGACGCCCCCCUUAGCCCCCUGGUCGCCACCUCCACCAUGGAGGUCGACCUCCACCCUCAGCCCCACGCCCGCCUCACCUCCCAGGAGAAGGAACAGCAGCUGAGCAGGCACUCAAAGUCCCUGGGAGACAUCAAGGAGCAGAGCUCCAAGGUGUACAAAAGGUAUUCCUCCAUAAUCCCCUCCUCUCAUAUACUGGCAGAGGUCCAGGAGACCAUGCCUAAGCUUGAUGGGGGAGACUUUGAACCUGCUGCAGCUAUGGAUUCAGCCGAUGGGGAUUUGUCCUCCAGUGUCCCCGAGGUCCGGAGGUCUGGCGAGAGGGGCCUCACCCGUUCCAAUCACGUCACCGUCACCCGGGUCCAACUCCGACAGCAGCGUAAUAAACUCUCCUCACGGCCGGCGAGCAUUCCUGCUGAACGGCUAUCGAACCGCAGCCAGGUAGAUGAGAACAAUGCCCGAAAUGGUGCCAUGCGAGGUGAGGGGAGAAGAGGUGGCUGUGAUCAGUCCAUCGAAGAGGCCUGCGAGGACGAGAAGCCAAAGUCGCGAGCCAGCACACAUUAUCGAAGCACAUUCAUCGACACUCAAACGCUGCGCAGGACGUGGGACAAACAGUACAAGCACUGCGAGAUUUCUUUCAGGACUUCGAAGGCCGUGGCUGGCUCAUCGGUGGAGAGCCCAGCUGCGGACGCAAGCAACUUAUCGGCCUCUGUGCCAGCAUCUGUGUCGGCUUAUAUUGGGAGCACCACUACAAACAACAUCUGUCCCAACAGGCCGUACACCAUAGCAGUGCGACCCAGCAGGACUUUGAGGAAGGAGGGCAAUGUGGAUGAGUUUGGCCCUGUGACAACCACUUUUAGGGCCCCCAGGACUCUCCAGCCUCCCCCAGGAACCUUCUAUAAGCCGCCUUCGGGGACCAAGGCCAAAGUGCUGGAGAAAUGUGCAUCAGCGAACAGCGCUGAGGAGGAGGAGGAGGAAGAAGAGGAAGAGGAUGAAGAAGAAGAGGAGGAGCUGGGGAUUGAGAUUGAGGUGUCGGUGGAUGAGCCACUUGAGGAAGACAUUGAGGCUGAGCAGGCUGCCAUAUCGCUCUCUGGGCCCCAGUCCCCCAGCUCCAGCCCGGAGGAGCUUGGCCAAAACCAGGCCAAGCCAGUGUACCCCAGGCUGAGGCCCCGGCACCUCCAAGAGGUGGAACACCGUGAGGCCCAUUUUGUGUGAUACGUGUCACUCAGAUUACCACAGAGGGUUAUGAAGCACCCAGAUUUGUAUAAUAUGUGCCAUAUUGUAUAAGAAAAAUUAGAACAAAUAAUUUCAUGGACUCCGCGGUAAAAAGGAUUUGUGGAAGUGUUUUAUAUUAAUAUAUUCACAGUUGGCCCGAUAUGCGUCCAGCAUUUUUGGGCACUGGGUCCAGCGUUGAUGUACCACUGGUCCUCAGAAGACAUACGGGAUGCACUUAUAAUGCUGUGUGUUUUUUAGUCGCUUCACCUCAUCAUUAAACCAAUAUUUCAUUUAUCAAUCGCUCAAUACUCACUGGCGGCUGGCCAGUAUAUUUAUGAUUCCUUUUCUCAACUGUGCAAUCACAUUUUUUUUUAUAUUUUGUAUUCAGUUCUUAAAUGCUCACUAUGUAUGUAUGUUUAUAUACCAAAAAGUAUGAUUUUACAGCAGUGUGCAUAGCCAUGGCAUUAAAAAGGAGUUUGGUGCACUUAACCUGGCUUAGAAGUCUUUCACACAUCUUUCUGAAUUUUAUGUUUCUGCAGAAUAUUUGAAACUUUUGUUACGUUUAGGUUGUGUCAGACUGUUUGUGUAAUUACCUGUGAAUAAAGCGAUAUAAUCA